GAAGAAUGUGUUUGGCUGCUAAAUCACAGCUUUCGCUCUUUUCCACGAGAGCAUUUUCCAAUCCAAGCAGGAGGGUGCUGGACAACAGGGCGACUGGCAGGGGUGGAGGUGCAUCAUGGACAGUGGCCUCAGGGUCCUCCUGUCCACUGUGCUGUGUCUGAGCCAAUCCCUGCUCACCAGCUGCUCAUCUCAGUACCCCUUGUUUCUGUAUGAGCCCUCCUCUGUGAUCCAGGGAGCAGGAUCAGUAGUUCAUCUGCGUUGCUCAGUAUCUCCUCCCUCAGCGGUGGUUUCAUGGCAUUUUAAAGGACGACCCCUGAACCGGGACAUCUUUCCUGGUGUGGAGAUCAGUGGAGGCUCUCUCAACAUCUCAUCCUUAAAACCCAGCCAUGUUGGCCACUACUACUGUGUGGCACGCUUAGAAAAGGGGCCGGCCAUCGCCAGCAGCCCGGCACACGUGUCUAUCGCAGAGAUCUCAGAAUACGAAGAGAGCAGACGGCGGUCUUUAUCAGUACAAGAAGGCAGUACUGUUCUCAUAGAGUGCCCUUUACCACAUAGUGUCCCUCCAGCAUUACCACGACUACGAGUGCGAGGGGAAUGGAUAGAAGAAUCAACAGGAGACUAUUUAGUUCUUCCAUCCGGAAAUCUUCAAAUUAUAUCAGUAUCGACCAAACACCAAGGCAUGUACAAAUGUGGAGCAUACAACCCUGUGACCAGAGAAAUUGUUACGCAGACACACGGCACCAAACUGUCAGUCAAAGAAAACCCCACUGACAGCACUCCUGUCCAAAUACUUUACCCUUUUGUCCCAUUGACCAUCUCUGUGCCGCCCUCUCAUUCACUAACACUGGAGUGCGUCAUUUCUGGGAGUAGUGCACAAACAGCCAAAUGGUUUAAAAAUGGCAAAGAACUGACCCUAGGAUCUUCAGUUCAUCUCCUACAACAUAAUCUUGUGUUUAUUUCAACUAUGAAAGAUGAUGCCGGGAGUUAUACCUGUGCAGCUGACUCUGGACAUAAGCUUGUUAUGAGUGUCCCCUACACUGUCAGUGUUUUAGAGCCUGCAUCUAUAGUGGAAGGAUUGACGAAUCAGUUUAGGAGUCCUGGCUCCUCUGUACACUUCAGAUGCAAAGGGAGCGGCAACCCCAGCCCAAACAUCACCUGGAUAUUCAACACAGAACCUCUGAAACCAUCACAACACUAUCAAAUUACAAAGGAUUCACUCAUUAUCCCCAACGUGAGACCAGAAGAUGAAGGAAUGUACCAGUGUGUGUUGGACAAUGGGGUUGCCAUGGUGCAGUCACAUGGGAUGCUCUCUGUCAAGUCAGACUCCUGGCUGUCCUCCACAGUCACUACCAUCCUCGAGGCCUCACCUACAGGACAUCCCAUGCAGAGUGAUGAGGGUUUGGAGCACUUCUUCACUGAGGAGGACUCUGUGCAUCUGCCUGCUGACAGGAGCAAUGACCGCCCCACUCCAGAGGCCCCCAUCAUCAUCAGCCCCCCUCAAACCCACAAACCUGAUGUGUACGACCUGGAGUGGAGGGCUGGACGUGAUGGAGGCAGCCCCAUCAAUGCAUACUUUGUGAAAUACAGAAAGGUUGAUGAAAUGGGGAUUGUUGUGGGGAGCUGGCUUACGAUCCGUGUCCCGGGCUCUGAGAAAACCUUGAGGCUGUCCGAGCUGGAGCCAUCUAGUCUCUAUGAGGUCCUGAUGGUGGCGCGCAGUUCAGCUGGAGAGGGACAACCCGCCAUGCUCACCUUCCGCACUGGCAAGGAAAAAAGCACCUCCUCCAACAAGAAUCCCUCCAAGCCUCCGGUUGUGUCACUGCCCCCCAAAGCUCCAGAGGACAAAAUACCCAACACACAUUUUGGGGUGGUCAUACAUGACAGAGUACCCGAAGCUCCCGAUAGACCAACCAUCUCCAUGGCGACAGAAAGUUCAGUUUACGUCACGUGGAUUCCCAGAGCAAAUGGAGGUUCUCCCAUCACAGCGUUUCGGGUGGAGUACAAACGUGGGCGCAGUGCAGAGUGGGUCAUAGCAGCAGACAACAUCUCCCCUCUAAAACUGUCUGUGGAAGUGCGCAACCUGGAGCCUGGUUCAACAUACAGAUUUCGUGUGGUGGCCAUGAACAUGUAUGGGGAGAGUCCACACAGCAUACCAUCAAAGCCCUACCAGGUCCCUCAGGCCAGUCCCAGGAUGUCCGACCGGCCUGUCGUGGGACCCCACAUCUCCUCCACUGAUGCCAUCAGUGACACUCAGAUCAUGCUGCGCUGGACUUAUAGCCCUUCAAGCAACAACAACACUCCAAUACAAGGCUUCUACAUUUACUACAGGCCCACAGACAGUGACAAUGACAGCGACUACAAAAAAGACAUUGUGGAGGGUGUAAAGCACUGGCACAUGAUUGGACACCUGCAGCCCGAGACCUCCUACGAUAUCAAGAUGCAGUGCUUUAAUGACGGGGGUGAGAGCGAAUACAGCAACGUAAUGAUCUGUGAGACUAAAGCACGCCAGGCACCAGGCUCACCCAGCCAGCACCCCAUCACUCCCCCGGGACCCCACCCUCAGGAGCCUCCCACUCCUCCAGGGGGGCUGCUCUACCUGAUCGUGGGCUGUGUUCUGGGGGUCAUGGUCCUCAUUCUUUUAGCAUUCAUUGCUAUGUGUUUGUGGAGGAAUCGGCAGCAGAACAACAUGCACAAGUAUCCUCCGGGCUAUGCUGGCUAUCAGCCAGCAGAGAUGAAUGGCUAUGUUCUUGAGUACACCUCAGUGGCUGUAAACAACCACAUCAAUGGAGGCGUGCAUGAGAGCUAUGGACACAGUGGCCAGAUGUUGUCCCAUGGGUGCCAUCACCUCCACCACAAACUCCCCAACGGCCUGUCUCUAAUGAACGGGACGGGAGGUCUGUUCUCACCAGGGCACGGCCACGAUGGGACCCUGCCCCACAGCACUCAGGACUGUGAGCAUGCACACCCCUACCAUCACCAUAAUGGUGGUGGGAUGUACACAGCACUUCCACAGACAGAGUCAUCUGAUUGUAUGAGCUGUCAAAAUCUCUGCAACAACAACAGCAGAUGUCACAACAAAACCAAUGGCACUUUCUCCAGUGGCACUCUGCCUUUAAUGCACCAUGUGGCGGGCUGCCAGCAGGACGGCCUGGAGAUGGUGCCUCUGGGGCAGGUGUCCCAGCACUGCUAUGGCCCUGAGCACCACUCUCACACUGGAGACCCUGAAACCAAUGGCCCAUACCACCCACAAGAGGCACGGAGGUCACCAUCACAGCACUCCUGUUGUCUAGGCGACAGCACUGACAACUCAGAUAGAACUGGGGACGAGGAGCCGGAGUGUAUGGAUGAGGAGGGGACAGUGGUGUGCUGGGAGGCCCUCACGCUGACAGACUUGGACUGUGAUGAGAAGCCAAGCUGGAUCUCCAGCAGCAGCCUAGGCGGAGAACUGAUCCAGGCCGGGCCACAGGAGGUCUAAACUGUGGCUUUCUACAUGCACAGCCUAUUGUCGUGUGGGCCAUAUCUGUGCAUUGGGACACACUAUGGACCCUGGCUCAAAACAUGAUGUACGAACAAUCGGACGCACCGCAUGUUUGAACCACAUGGAUCUGUUGAGCGUUAAGUUGGAUUAAACU